AUGGCAGUCCAUAUAGCCGAAAUUCCCACUGUGUCUCUCUUGUACAAGCUCAAGCGCUUGGUCCCAGUCACAUCGUCUCGCGCCUCCCCGUCGAAGAUAUUCAAUGACACCAUCUCGCUUAUCCGAAACGAUAUUACCAAGCUGCAGGAUGUCGACUGCAUUGUUAAUGCAGCGAAUGAAUCUCUACUCGGGGGCGGUGGUGUUGAUGGUGCUAUUCACCGCGCUGCUGGCCCGAACCUGUUGAAUGAGUGCCGCACGUUGCACGGUUGCGACACGGGAGACGCUAAGAUCACCUCAGCCUACAAUCUUCCUUGCAAAAAGGUCAUCCAUGCCGUUGGACCUAUAUACCAUUACGAGCCACGGUAUGGCUCUGGCCGAUCUGAAGCCCUUCUACGGAGCUGCUAUCGUCGUAGCCUCGAGCUGGCUGUCGAGAACAACAUGACAAGCAUCGCUUUUUCGGCUAUCAGCACCGGUAUAUAUGGAUAUCCAAAGAAAGAAGCUGCCCACACUGCUCUUGACGAGACUCGGAAGUUCUUGGACAGUCGCAGCAACACUGGGAAAUUGGAGCGGAUUAUCUUCUGCAAUUUCGAAGCUGCAGACGAGAGCGCUUACGAGGAGACUAUUCCAUUGUUCUUUCCCCCUGUAGACCAGGAUUUGCCCAGUCCCAGUAGUCAGGAAACCAACCCACAAGCACAAGCUGACGGUGAGUCGUCACCGUCACCCGAGUUGCUUGCAGCUAAGCUUCCUGAUCCGCCUACUGUUGACCCUGUAUUUGAAGGACAACCAGAAGCUAAAAAAAUGAAGAUUAAUAUAGGCCAUGUGGGACGGACGACUGGGGAUGCUCAGACGAAGUCUGAUGAUAAGAGUGAGGACGACUGGGAGGAGGUUAACCAAUCUGAAGAUGGUCGAACAGAGAGAUUAGAUGAUGAUCCUGUGGAAGUCGACAGACCUCCGUCUGCUACCGAUGUCCAGAGUGUUCAGUCGAGCGGGAUUAUUGAACGGGUUGAGUCACACUCCACAGAAAGUUCAGUCGGCAAGGACUGGUAG